ACCAAUUCAUCGGACACCUCUAAAACUCAUAUAUAACCAAGACCAAGUGAUUCUGACUCAGUGUUUGCUCACAAGUCAUAGAGGAUGGCUGCAUUUUCACGUAAAUCUCACAGAUUCAAAAUGUCUGGUACUGACCAUUCUCGAAGCCCUUAUGAACAAGGAGAGUUAGCUUCUAGUCCAGAAAGACAUAUGUUGGAUCCAGAUGAUGAAGAUGAGGAGGACGACGAUGACAAGCAGAGCCUAGUUUCUUUUUCAGUGCAUUCAAAAGAAGCCCUUGACGAAGACGACUAUCUUAAAGACAACAAAGACGAUUACAUGGAUGACAGUGAGUCAUUAGACAUAAAACCUCCACAGGCUCACGCUAUGAAGAAAGAUAAACACAAACACAAACACAAAGAAGAACGGUGGCGAGAACGAAAUAGCAGACAUGAAAAAGAUAGGGACAGAGAUAGGCUACACAUGCGGUCUGCAGGUAAAGAUCGGCAUGGUCAUGAAAUGCAGCGUCAACAGGACAAAGAGAAAGAACGUGAACGACGUCUGAAAGACGAGGUACGAGAAGCACGCAAACGAGAGGAAUCUAGACGAGAAAGAUGCACAUAUCAAAGGCUCCCAACCAAUCUAGAUCGUUCUUGCUUAGAGUCCAGCUCUCGCAGCCAAAUAAGGCAACGCUCCAGAUUAGGAGACCGUUUGGAGAGACUAGAGUUUGAACGGAGAGUGAGGGAACAGCGAGAGAUACGAGAGCAGCAGAAAGAACGUGAAAGACAGGCUCGAAAGAAAGAGGAGAGAAGGAACCAAGCACUGCGCAAUGAAGAAAUGGAACGGGCAGAACGGCGUCGGUUGAAACGGCACUUCCGAAGUCGAAGUCCGAGUCGUGAAAGUCGACACCAUGACCAUAUGAAUCGAUGGGAUGCAAAGGCACGACCCAGAAAGAGAUCUCCUGAUGAACAGCAAGCCCAUUCUCCAAUUGGACCCCAUACUCCAGAUGAAGUUGAUGACACUAAUGUGGAAAUUCCAUCUGAUGGUUCAGAGGAGCCAUACGAAAUUAGGCCUGCUGAGCCAGUAUAUGUUUCAGAAAUCAGUGAGGCAUCGCAUUCAGAUUCAGAAUCAGAUUCACAUUCACCAAGUUCAGCAUCAAGCUCCAGUAGUGAAGAUGAAAUAAUAAACAAUGAUUGCAGUGUCGUUGAAAGUCGCAAUAUCAAAUACCAUCCUAUUUCUUCUGAAAAAACAGGUCUCAUUCUGGAAUCAGAUCCUAAGUCUAAAUUUGAUGACCACUCAGAAAAUGAAAGUGGUACCGAUUCAGUGCAGCCCUCUGAACAUGAAGAAACACCUUUCAGGGAGGGAAGUCCACCUGCGUCCCCCAUCGAGGAUGACUCAGACCUGCCCCCCUAUCUGCCGGCCAUCCAGGGCUGUCGCAGUGUGGAGGAGUUUAACUGUCUGAAUCGAAUCGAGGAAGGUACCUAUGGUGUGGUCUACAGAGCUAAAGACAAGAAAUCUGAUGAAAUUGUCGCUCUGAAAAGAUUAAAGAUGGAGAAAGAGAAAGAAGGCUUCCCUAUAACAUCUUUGAGAGAAAUUAAUACCUUAUUGAAAGCUCAACACCCAAAUAUUGUCACAGUCAGAGAAAUUGUUGUUGGUAGUAACAUGGACAAGAUCUACAUAGUGAUGGAUUAUGUGGAACAUGAUUUAAAAGGCCUUAUGGAAACUAUGAAACAACCAUUCCUUGUUGGUGAAGUGAAAACACUGAUGCUUCAGCUCCUCAAAGCUGUGGCUCACCUCCACGACAACUGGAUAUUACAUCGAGAUUUAAAGACAUCAAACUUGUUACUGAGUCACAAAGGCAUUCUCAAGGUUAGUGUUUAGUUAUUUCCUAUGUAUUAUGAAAUACGGGUAUAUGGGGAUGGAGUUGGUGUCUUAACUGUAUGUUUUAUCAUUGCGUGGCACCUUGGGCUAUUGCUUCAAGCGCAGGAAUACACAACAUGCAUUGAUAUGUGGUCAGUUGGAUGUAUUAUGGCUGAAUUUCUCACUAUGAAGCCAUUAUGGCCAGGCAAAUCUGAAGUUGACCAGCUAACCAGAGUUUUCAAGGAUUUGGGAACACCAAAUGAAAAAAUCUGGCCUGGUGUUAGUGAACUGCCUGUGUUUCGCAAAGUCAACUUUGGGGAAUAUACCUACAACAAGCUACGUGUACGUUUUGGAUCCUACCUCACAGAUUUGGGAUUUGAUCUCCUUAACAAAUUUCUCACAUUUGAUCCUUCCAAAAGAAUAACAGCCGAAGAAGCCAAAUCUCAUGAAUAUUUCAAGGAAUCGCCAGCCCCUGUAAGUCCUUCGAUGUUUCCGACAUGGCCAGCUAAAAGUGAGCAACCACGCAAACAUGGUAACUCUCCAAAACCGCCAUCUGGUGGCAAGGCAUAUGCCAAGUUAAUUGAAGAAGGCUGUGAUGAGGCUGCAAUUCCUGGAGGGUUCCACAUGGCGACUGCGGCAAAAGGUGUAUCAGCUGUUGGGCCUGGUUUCAGUCUCAAGUUCUAAAUCUGCUAACUAUUCUACGCAUCUUCAUGUUUCAUUAUUGCAUUCACCAAACAUGUUUCUGAGAUACUUCUCAAAGACAUCUUCAUCUUUGUCCUUCUCGUCAUCCAUUCUUUGACCAUCUUUUUUUUUUUUGUAUUCAUCCAUUCUCUUUAUCCACUCUUAUAUUCACCAUAUUGGUUGAGUUUUCAACAUUUGUAUCAUAUUAAAGAAUUAUGAAAAAUAUUAAAUAAAUAAUGGCAUUUUGUAA